AUGAAACCAACAGAUAGCCAAUGGAUCAAAGCACCUGGUGUGGAAUUUUUCAAAGCUAUUCGCAGUGCAUUAGGGGAUCCAUUGCCUUUAAUUGUAGAAGAUCUCGGUAUUCUGACAAAAGAAGUUUUUGAUUUACGUGAUCAAUUUAAUUUACCCGGUAUGCGCAUCUUUCGAUUUGGCUUCCUUCAUCAUCCACAUAAUUAUAUAAGAAAUUGUGUUGCUUAUAAAGGUACUCAUGAUCAUCCAACGGUACUUGGCUGGUGGACUCAACAUGCUUCCGAUAAUGAAAAGAAAACAUUUGUUACUUACAUUUGA